UCACUGGUCGAGAAUUACUCAGUGUCGUCACAUUUAAUAAACAAUCACAUGAAGAGCUCUACUGUUCUGUGAGUUCUACACAGCACGGGACAUCAACUUUCGUUCUGGCCUGUACGAGUGAGUGAGUGAGUGCUUAGCGCUUUGACGUCGUACUUAAUUAUUCAGUCAUAUCGGGGACGAUCUGACCUGUACGCAAUGCCAGCUUCACGCUUGUCUGUAGUGACCCGCCGUCUGCAUCCCUAUUGCAUAUCAGUGCUUCACUGGCGAGAGAACUUUACUCGUUGAGUCAGAAGAAUUAUGUUCAGUGUAUAUGGUACAGACAGUGUAAUAUAGUUUAUGCAGUGUUAGGGCUAAAGUGGUGCAAUGGUUGGAUUUUUUUAUGUAUUUACUUCCUUAUAUACAGCGCCCAACAGGGGGAAAAUGACAUACUUACUGAUAGGGUUUUUUCCUUUUUUACAACCAUGUGAUAUGGUAUGUUAUCACGAGGCGCAAACAGCCAUAUAGCCAGCGGGAAAUACCGGGACAACCACGUGGCGUAUUGUCAAAUCGUAGGCGUUCAUAUUCGCGUAUACUCUCUGGGGCAACUGAGUACCUCUCAGUCGCAUACAUACAGGGAGUGGCUGGGGAAGAAAGAUGUGCAUAGCGUGUAAUGCCGGGUAUUAGGCCUAACAACGGCGUUAUCAAGUAGAUGGAGACAGUACAAGACAAAUUGGAUGGUUCCAUAGAUUCGGACGGAUUUCCACCGCUCUUUUAUCUAGAGCUGUUCACUGAGGCGAUUUACCAAAGAACUCAGCAGCCAUGAUAGGGAUCCAGCGUCCAACGCCUUACGACAUGAACAAAGUGGAGGCGCCGGAUCACCGACUCAGCCUAAACAUGGCCGCAGUGCACAGGCGUCAGAGAAUGUUGAGGAGGAUAAGCAGCUGUCCUGAAGAAAUGCAGUGUCAAAGGAAAAUGGAUUUCCAGACCUGCGCCAGCACAUUCCUGCACAACCAUUACGUAGUUCAACGAUUUAAAAGUAAAUCACUCCAAAAUGCACUGCUGUAUCACAGCGCCCUGUCCAGGGAGCAAAGCUCUCUGCCACGUGACCACGCGGAAACGGAGCAGCCAGCAACUCUCAUGCGCCAACCUAUACUGGAGACAACGACUGACUUUGACGACACCGACGGCUCAGUGCACGUUCGCAGGCGCCGCGUUGAGCGUCAGAUAGGUUGUUGUCCCCGAAAGAGCAUUGAAUGGCGAUUGUUUCGGCAGGAUUCGGGGUUUGAUUUAAACCCGGAUCUCGACGGUCACCCCCUCCUCAGGUGCCGCUCCGACCCGUCCCUAGAUUGUUCCCCUUCCGCGGAACCGAUAGACUGCAUUACCAUUGGCCUUGUCCAGAAGUUGAAGGCCAUGUUUUUUGGAAAGGACGAUGACCUCAGAUCACUUGAAAAGUGUAACCCCAUCAGAUUGCAUAUGCAGAACUUCACCGGUUAUGAACCCUUCGGGUGCGACCUCCACAGUUAUCAUCAUCCCGACAAAAACAGAUGGUUCCACUUCCUUAGAUACAAUGUCAUCAACCCAGACGACACAGCGGCAAGGCAACUCGGAAUUGAAGAGAAUGACGAAAUCCUGAUGAUUAACAACGAGGCUGUCACGCGGGUGAACCAACGACAGGUGGAAAUGAAGAUAUCUCGUACGCUGAACAGCGGCAAUGUCACGUUGUUACUUCGUCGACUUGUACAGGAUGACAAGUUCGAAUACCUAGAGAUCCAAGCUGAAGUAGAAGUUACAGAGGAGUUGAUCCGUGUGUCUCGGACACGAAGUAUUGUAUAUGCCCAAGCCAGAGGGCGCUACAUUGUUUUGCCUGACCAAACCGUGCAAUGUAAACGGGUAAACAUCUUCCACAGAGAUGAUGUUGUUUGCUGCAGUGGGGAAAGAUUAGUUACUGAGGCGCGGCCACACGGAGAACGCACUUUUGAGCGGUUUACCGUGAGUGCAUGGGACACGAUAGAAAACAAGGUUGCCUUCUUCUAUGUUUUGAAAUGUGGAGACAAAUACGCGGAAGCUGGAAACAACUGUGUAAUAUUGAAGCCUGCAGGAAAUGGCUGGACUCCUGAGCGUCGCCUUCCAAAACAAUUCAACUCUCGCUUCUUUCGAGUUCAUUCAACAGGAAUUGGUCCCUCAAGAAAGAUUUUCUUGGAAUGUGCAGACACAGACCGACAAAAUUAUUAUGUUGCCUGCAAAAAUGGAAAAGUGGAAUUGAUACAAACCGAGAACCCCAUGACAAUUCGUCAGUGGACAGCGUUGAAAGAAGAGACUGUCCGUUAACACUGGUCGCGUCUUGGCGUUUGGAUGUCAGUUCGGUAUAAGCAAAUGCAAAGUUUACACCUACAGUGGUAUUAUCACUAUCAUUGCAAAGGAAACAACCGUUUGAUGCCCUUUCCGGCGCCCUGUGUAUGUAAGGGAAGUGACCUUUACAAGACACAGACAUUGGAACAUGGCAAAUACACCGUUAUGCGACUUGUUCGCUCUGGACUUCAGAAUGCCAUGAACAUUGUUUAUGUGUACCCAUAAGACACGUGCAUUGCAGUGCCUUAUUAGUCUCUUUUUAAGACUCUGCAUUUACACAUAUUUGUUGUGAUAUUUUUUAUAGUUUUGUUUUGAUUUAUUUUGU